UUUCUACAUCCGUUUACUAAAGACCACGGAAAAACAGUCCUCUUCAGCUCAGUGUAAUGUUACUCGAUUUGGGUGGCGAUUUCACAACUGUUUCACCUUUACUUGCUGUCUGAUCACAGAGCAGUUUAUCGACCUGCCGUGCAGUGGAUGAGGCGGUACAGACGAAUCAAACCGCUGACCCUGGUUCAGCUCAUAGCUGAAGAGCGACCUACCUGGACUGGAUUUGGACUAACGUUACUUUAGGUGCCUCAUUCAAUGAAUCUCGGCAGUUUGUGUUCAGUCAGGUGAAAGGCUGCAGCUGUUAGACAGCUAACAGUACUCACACAGAUAAUGUUUACACGGUCAUAAAGGAAUCAGCUAGAGGUUAACCGGCUGGUGCACGUUCGCGUUAUUUUUCUAGCUGUUAUGUAACUUAGUUUUACCAGCUAACUGUCAUUUAGCGGACACCAGCUACCGACUAGCUAGGUUAGCUAGCUGUCAAAUAUCCUUCAUAUCAGUCUGCAGCUUAUUACAACUGCUAACAGAACUGCGUUUUGCUAGCAUCACUUAGACAAGGCUGCGACAGUUAGUUUAGCUAGUUUGCUUUUUUUUUAAGUUUGUUCUUCUCCUUAGCUAGUUAGCUAACCCAGCUGUUAAAGGUACUUUAUAUUAAUAUGUAUUAUAUUGUGACCCCUAAAACCUGAUUUUUCCUAGCAUCACUUGGACAAGGAUGCGGUGUAAAGUUAGCUUAGCUAGCUGAGCUAGUUCGUUAACUAGGUUAGUUAGCUAGUUAAAUACGUCCACUUUGGGUUCUUCUCACACUCUUAGCUAAAAUGUUAAAACUGAAUUAUUAGGAAGUGGACGCUGUCUUUCGUGUAAGUGCAGUUUUCUCGUCACUGUUUAACUUUCAGCGUUAGCUGACAGGACAGUAAUAUUAGUGAUGGAUUUCACCGAGUGCUAUGAGGACACUUGCUCAGCCGUGGCACUGGCGGCCAGACAAGGUGAUGGCCGGCGGGUUCAGAAGCUCCUGAGAAGAGGCUACUCGGUGGAUGUGAAAGACAACCGCGGCUGGAACGCUUUACACGAAGCUGCUGCUUCUGGCUCUGCACAGUGUGUUCGCCUUCUGCUCAGCGCUGCUGCCAGCUCUGAAGACUACGUCAACUCUCCGACGCACAACUCUGAAACACCUCUGUAUUUUGCCGCAAAGAACGGACACAUCCGUGCAGCUAACCGACUUAUAAAGGGGGGUGCAGAUAUCAAUAAGAUGUCCAAUGACCUGUCCUGCCCUCUCUUUGCAGCUGUGGAUGGUGGGCAUAAAGAAGUGGUGGAGCUGCUGGUCAGUAAAGGAGCAGAGGUCAAUGGAACUCAUUCCACCUCUGGCUGGUCUUGUCUCCAUCAGGCAGUUUACAAGGGCCACACAGAGAUUGUGAAAUUCCUGGUGAGUGUGUGUUCACUUGAGGCUGUGGAUGACUAUGGGAUCACGCCAUUGUUCGUUGCUGCACAGUAUGGACGUCACGAGUGUCUAGAGGUCCUUGCAAAUGCUGGCGCGAAUGUAAAUUGUCAGGCAAAAGACCUGGCCACACCACUGUUUAUCGCUGCACAGGAGGGCCAUUUAUCCUGUGUGGAGCUUCUUCUUGCCCAAAAAGCUGACCCAAACCUCUAUUGCAACGAAGAUCAGUGGCAGCUUCCCAUCCACGCUGCAGCCCAGUUCUGUCGGCUCAGUAUUCUGGAGAAAUUGAUCUCUGUGACAGGCAGGGACUGUGACCAGGGUAAGGGGAAAGUCAGCCCUGUGUAUCUCGCAGUACUCAGUGGUCAAGCGGACAGUCUUCGUCCUCUGCUCAGGGAGGGUUACAGUCCAAAUGCCCAGAGCUGCAGGCAGUUUGGAUACUGCUGCCCUUUGGACAUGGCUCUGUGGUGUAACUCUUGGAAUUUGGACAGUGAAUGCCACCAGAGUCGAGAGAUCGCUCAGAUGCUGCUGGCCGCCGGGGCGCACGUCACUAUGCCCACAUAUGUCUUUGCACUUCAGGGUCACGUACCUGAACAUCUGCCCCUGAUCCUGGAGCAUGCUGGCCUCCCUAAGGAGCACCAUCUGGGGGAGCUGGUCCAGGCAUUGCUGAAGGAAGUGCCCAGUGCUCCCUUUUGGCUCCCUCUGCUGCUCAAAGCAGGCCUGGAUCCCACACUGCUCCUUCACCAAAAAAUGUUUGAAGAGGCAGAGACCAGGGUACUUAAUUUCUUGCUGGAGUUCAUUAAUUGGAAGACUCUGCCCUCCACAAUGCUUCAGAUUCUCUCGUGCCGUCAAGCAAAGGGAACUUGGACCCCACAGAAGCAUUUCGGUAAAUACUGUUAUUAAAAAAACUCAACACAGUGAACCUGCAUUGUCUCUCCUCUCAAGAGAGUGUUCCUGCUCUGACUCAUCUGUGUAGACUGGCAGUACGAGCUGCAGUGGGCAGCGAUGCUCUGUCUAAAUCCUCCUUUGUUCAGCAGCUGCCUGUUCCGACACUGCUGCAGGACUACCUCCAGUUCAAUGACAUCUCCAGUGCCUACACCUACACGGCUGCCUGACUGACAGUUAGGGCUAAUUAAGUGAUCUUACUUGUUCCACGGCAGUAUUUUGUAU